UUAGCAUUGCUGUCUGCUACUUAGUUUGCCCUCCAGCCAGUGUGCUCUGCCUUCAGAGGAAAUACUGCCUGCAGCUGCUCUCACGGCAAAAAAGCCCAGCACGAGACAGUCUGCCAGCUCACGGGCUCCAGCUUCCCCAUCAUGCCUGGCAACACAACAGGCAAGAAGCUGGAUCUCUCCAAGCUCACAGACGAGGAGGCCAAACAUGUUUGGGACGUCGUCCAACGAGAUUUCGACCUGAGAAAGAAGGAGGAGGACAGACUUGGAGACCUUAAGACAAAGAUUGAAAAAGAGGACACCAAGAGAGAGUUGCUGGGCAACCAGAGCAGUCUGACGGAGUCGCACUGUAUUCGAUGUCUGGAGCCCUUCAAGUUCCUGGUGAACAGCAAGCGUCAGUGUCUGGACUGCCAACUCCACAUCUGCAAGUCCUGCAGUCUCUACAACAAGAAGGAGCACGGCUGGGUGUGUGAUCCCUGCCACAUGGCCAGGGUCCUCAAGAUCGGGACUUUGGAGUGGUACCACGAAAAUGUUCGUGCCCGCUUCAAGCGCUUUGGGAGUGCAAAGGUCAUGCGAUCGCUUUUCAAGAGGUUGAGUGGGGACCACAGUGGCUCUCAGAAUGACCUGGAAGACCCUCAUGGAUAUGAUACACAGAGUAUACCCGAGGUCCACACAGAUGGAUAUGAGGAGCACAGUAUGGACGCAACAGAAUCACCGCGCUACAAGGGGAUGAAAAAGGUCAAAAGGCGUCUUACUGUCGAUCCGUUUGAUUUCGAACUGGGCCUUGACUGCUUCAUCGAGUCCAGAGGACGGCCACAUCAGGCCCCAGUCUCCCAGGACAUGAUGGAUGGGGGUGAGAGGGAGUCCAUGCUUGCUGAGGCAGACAUGGUGUCUGUUUUCCACCAGAUUUUGGAUGAGAAACGCAAAGGUCUGGACCUGAGGAUGGCUCCACAGCAAGAUGACCUUGGGUACCUGGAGAACCAAACUAUUCCAUCUCGCUCGAUGUCCCGGCUCAGCUACUCCUCGUGUGGCAGUGGAAGUGCUUGGGGUCCCCAGGGCAGCAGCAGCUAUCUGCCCGGCCCUGAAGACUCAGAGGAGGACGACCAGCUCUACCCCCUUUACCAGUCCCAUCUGGGCCCCUGCAGCCACACCUCCCAGGAGAGCCUGAACACACCAAACCCUCCACCACAGAUCACUGACCUUAACAGACGUGUGUCAGCCAUUGAGAACCUCUUAAACCACCUAGAGCAGAAGGUCACCUCAGCAUAUGAUGAGACGAGUGAGGCUCCUCAGACCCCCAACAGCACCUCUCCUCUCCCUCAGUGUGAGGACGUGGACCUGGAGGAGCAGCAGCUGAGGCAGAAGCUGCACCAGAUGACGGACAACAUCAGCGACCACAGCCUGACCUCCGACGAGGACGAGCCCAGCAGACCACUUUCCUCCCAGGAGAUCCCAGCAUGGAGGAGCCACGACGUGGACGCCAAGCCCACCAGAAUACCUACCAGACCCCCGUCCAGAAGCAGUAUCAUCCUCUGCAGACUGGAGGAGGAGCAGCCUCAGCUCAGCGACUCUCAGACGACCCCCCUCAUAGAGAAUGGGUCCAAGGCGGGCUUUAGAGGCUCCGCGGCCUUACUGGUUGAGCUGGAGGACAAGGUAGCCCAGGCAGCUGCCAACGUGCAGAGUGCUCAGAGUGAGGUCUCAUACAUAGAGAACAGGAUCGCUGCCCUGAACGCUGCCGGCAUGCCCGUGGAUAAAAGAAAACGGUCUGCUAUCCCGGUCCAAGCAAGAAGACUCUCCCACCACGUUCCCACAAGCCAGGUGGACAGGUUUGUGAGGAACUCCCUCUACAGGGGCUCCCUGACUCAGAGGAACCCGGUGGCUAAGCCCCAAACCAAGGCUACCUGUGCGAAACCAGUAAUGAAGCAGGCACCCUGAGGAGGAGGCUGAGCAUCAUGUGACCGCAUGCUUCUGGGAGCCGAGAGCCAAUUUGUACAUUUCAAAUCUUUCCUUGUGAUAUUGUUGUUUUAUCUCACUGCGAUAGAUUCAUAUCCUAUUUAUAGUAAACUGUCAGUAUGUGCUCAUCUUGGGCUGUACUUUGAUUUGUAUGCACAUUAAUGCAUUCAAAUUGGCAAAUUUAAUCUCAAAUCUAGAUAUAAAGUUAUAUGUUUACAUAAAAGCAUACACAAAUACAUUUAUAUAUAUAUAUAUAUAUAUAUAUAUAUAUAUAUAUAUAUAAAGUAUUAUAAU